GGAGACGCGACAGCAGUUCAGUGUUCGCACGGGGACGCGUGCAUCAACACAUCAGCUCUAGCUCGUACCGUCCAACAACUUUGUUAUCCGCCGUCUGCGUGCAGUUGCGGCGCGGUCGUCGUGCAGUUCGUGUGUGUGCUCGCGCCCGUCGGUGUUCUCGGACUGAUUUCAAUCCCAAAACGGUGCACUUGAGAAUCGCUGUGUUGGAGUGACGAGCACUAUUGUCCUCAAUCUGCUAAUUUUACUAAUACUACUUUUACUAUUACUACAACAACAAUAACUACUACUACUAUUAAUAUUACUACUAAUACCACUAUUACUACUAAUACUGACACAAGUUUGCUGAUAUUUCGUGGAUAUAAUGAAUCAACCGUCGCAAAAAUUACCGCAUGUAAACGGCGAGAACGCUGUAUCGGAGAAUGCCAACAGAAACGGUUUCUCCUCCAAAUACGGUAUUAGCAACGGUCACAAUGAUAAUGCGGUAAAAAUGAAGCCCUUGAACACGUCUCCUUCAAUUAAAAUCCACAAGAACGAGUCAUCGAACCAGCAACCGACGCAAUCGUUUCAGUACCUAGAGUCGACGUCUCCACAGUCGUUCCGGACACGCUGCGACUCGAUGACCGCACGUGAGGAUGACGACCAAAACGAAUCGAAAGUGCUGGUCAUUUAUACUGGGGGUACCAUUGGUAUGAUGCGAAAUGAUGAAGAUAUGCUUGUGCCCACGUCCAGCAACGGCAACGUAACGGACUUCUUGAUGGAGCACAAAAUGCGUCGCGAUCCCCGGCUCUACGACGCUGUGUACGCCCAGAAUAAGUACGGGCAAUCCAUGAACUGCAGCCCGCUAGUGUUGCCCUAUGUCAAGGGAUUCCGGCGAAUCGUCUAUUCGGUGUACCAGUACCCGGAGCUGUUGGACUCGAGCAACAUGUGUAUGCGUGACUGGCGAAGCAUAGCAGAGGACAUUUGGCAAGCAUACGAACUGUACGAUGGCUUCGUCGUGCUGCACGGGACUGACACGUUGGCAUACACCGCGUCCGCCUUAUCGUUCAUGUUCGAGAACCUUGGCAAGACGGUCAUCAUCACGGGAGCACAGUUGCCCGUGUUCGAUUUGCGAAGCGACGGCAGUGACAAUUUCGUCACCAGUCUGCUGAUGGCCGGCAACUACUGCAUCCCCGAGGUGACGAUUCUGUUCCAUAACAAGCUGUUGCGCGGCAACCGUACCGUCAAAGUCGACUGCGAGAGCUUCGCGGCAUUCGACUCGCCUAACAUGCCACCACUAGCAGUCGUCGGUAUCGACAUCAACGUAUCGUUCAGACAAAUCUUCCGUCCGAGGUCGAUUGAAAAGUUCACGGUUCACUUGCAACUCGACGAGAACGUCAGCUUGCUGCGCAUUUUCCCGAACAUAACCGCCGACACGGUUCGGACAUUCUUGCAACCGCCCAUACGUGGAGUGGUGCUCCAGACUUACGGGGCCGGCAACUUACCGGGCAACCGGUCUGACAUCAUGGCCGAGCUGAAGGCGGCCACGGACCGAGGAGUCAUCGUUUUCAACUGCAGCCAGUGCUUCAAGGGUUCGGUGACGGCCGUGUACCAGACGGGUCACGUGCUAAGCCAAGUCGGUGUCAUUUCGGGCAACGAUAUCACACCCGAGGCGGCCCUAGCUAAGCUCUCAUACGUAUUGUCCAAGGACGACUGGGACCUCAGCACCAAGAGGAUGAUGCUUGGUGCAAACUUGAGGGGCGAAAUGAGCAGUGGACCACCAAAGCCACCUCGGAAGAACCGUGCUGCGGACGAAUGGGAUCUGGUAGACGCCGUAGCCCGUACUUUACUGCAUGUCAACGGUUCACAAGAGUUAACAGCUCUCGGGGGUAUACUCUUCCCUGCUAUGUUGGGCAAUGCCGUUGUUCGGUCGGACUUGAAUAAACUGGAUGAGCUCAAAGGCUUCGGUGCUGAUUUUUCCGCACAAAACGCCGACGGCCGCACAGCUCUACACCUCGCGUGUGCUCUGGGCGAUGUUCGUAUUGUCCGAUAUCUAUUGUUGAACGGCGCCAGCGUACACAUUAAAGACCGCUUUGACAGAACGCCGCUGAUUGAGGCUGUAGAAAAUGAUCGAAAGGACGUGGUGGCAUUGUUGCGAAGGUGUGGUGCCCAUCUAAACUCACCCGCUAAACACGUAGCUCAGCAAUUGUGCAAUUCCGCAGCUAAAGGAAACGUGCUUCGUCUUAAAUCGUAUGCAUCUGCUGGGGCUGAUCCGACUACAGCCAAGGACAUGUAUGGCAGAACACCAUUGCACGCAGCUGCGCUUACCAACCAAUUGGACGUGGCCGAAUACUUGCUAUCGCUGCAAACGACCGUUAGCACGCUUGGACUCGCCGAGAUUACGCCGCCGAUUGAUCUUAUGGGAGCCACCCCGAUAGACGUUGCCAGGGCGGCCGGACACACGUCCCUUGCUGACAUGCUGCACCGGCACUUUUAUGGCGACGAGCGGUUGCAAAACCACCACAAGAAGCCGGAACCACCGCAGCCGGAUGAUCUGUAAACAACUCGACUGCACACCACUAUCACUCGAUACCAUCGAUUAUUAUAAAAUUAAUGAUAUUAUUAUUAUUAUUACUAUUAUAUUUAUCAAUAUCAAUCGUGUUCUGUA